GUGACUGUUAAUAUGCGGAACCCUGGAAACCUUGUUCAGAGCCACCUUGGAGCAUCUGACCGGAAUUCCAAAGGCAGAGAGUUGUGUUGCUGGGGAGCCAGCAGAGAAGCACCUGCCUCCCACACUGUGAGCACCGGGGUGACUCCACGUAAGUAUCUCAACAGAACAGACUUCCAUUUCCUUGGAUGCAACAUGUACACAGCGUAGGCCCACGAAGUUUUACAAGGCUGUUUUCAGGAAUAGGGAGAAGCUGCCUCUCUUCUGGCCCAGGCCUCACUGACACCUGCAGAGAGAGAAGCGCCAAGGAGUCCUCAGAGGCAUCAUGUCUGUAGCACCCGCUGGAAUCCACCCAGACAGCCUAUUCUUCCAGAGUGUGGCUGGGCCUCUUUGGGCCAAGAUACCCAGAGAAGACGUGCAAUGGCUCCUGUCGCAUCCUCAGGCUUGGCGGGAGAUUGUGGAGAAAUUUGGUUUGGAAAAUGAUGAGGCUACUGUGCUGUACCACAUCCUGCUUGAAAAGCUGAUACUACAGAAGAGGUUGUCCUUCCCAUAUGGAAAUCUGUCAGAAGAGGAAACUCUGUUUCUUUUACAUUAUGACUUGAACAAGUAUGAGCUGGAAAAGAAUAUCCGAGAACUUAACACCAUUGCAGACCAACUUGAUACAACACACAAGAUGCUCACCAAGACCAGCCUGGUGGCCAGCUCUUCAGGCGCUGCUUCUGGAGUGAUGAGCAUCCUGGGUUUGGCCCUAGUGCCUGUGACAGCAGGACAGAGUCUCAUGUUCUCUGCAGCUGGGGCGGGGUUGGGGAUAGCAACGGCCAUUACCAAUGUUUUGACAAAUGUCUUAGAGAACAGAAGCAAUUCAGCAGCAAGAGACAAAGCUAGAAGACUGGUAAAAACUAGGGUGACAUCGGAGCAUGAGGCUUUUGGAGGAAUACGGCUGCUGCCUGAAGUUACAGCUGCCGGACAGGGUGUUGCUAACUGUGUAAGCAUCAUCAGGAGACUUCGUGCCCACCAGCUGGCCAAAGCCAACUCUGGCUUCACCGCUAUGGUCAGAAAUUUUGUGGCCACAAGGCAUAUCCCUUUCUGGAAUGCCGGAGGGGUGCAGAGAGCCUUUGCAGACACAAGUCUGGUUAUGACCCGGGGUGCCCGAGUGCUGGGUGCUGCUGGGGCAGGUUUGUCUCUCGUGCAAGAUGUGAGGAACCUUCUGCAGAACUGGAAGCACCUCGGUGAGGGAGCGAGGGCAGACACAGCUGAGGAGCUGAGGAAACUUGCUACGGAGCAGGAGUUGGCGCUGAGGCAGCUCAACCAGUUCUAUUUUCAUCUGCAGCAGAAAUUGAGCCAGAUGCCACAACCCAGAGUUCCCAGCAGGGCUGUUGUAGAAUCGGAAGGUAGGAAGGGAGUGAAUAAUGCAGGAGUGGUCUUGGUCUCCAUCAAGCAGGAGGGGAAUGCUAAACAAGUAGGCAUAAAUAAAUACAGAAUGACACCGCCCUUGCUUCUGAGAGGGGGCUCGUCCCACACCCUGACCUCCUGUUUUUCUCAGUAUCCUGUCCUCUUCUCUCAAAGUGCUGACCACCAAUAUAUGGAAUCCCAUAGUUGUGUGUGUGGGGGGGAGGUGCUUGCUGUCUGCCUCUCCUGUGGCCUGUAUUCUCCAGCAAGGCAAAGGGGCGUCCCUCUUGCCCAUACCACCAUCUCCAGCGCCUGGCAGUGUUAGAGCAGGAGACCAGGAAGGAGACAGGGCUGAGACUGGACGUGGGGACUUGCGAACUGUGUGCAGGGGUCAAAGUCUAACUAAGGGGCUUGGUAACCACAGUCAAGGACCAGCUUUAACCAGCUCGAGCUAUCCAGGUCACCUUACAUGACCUUUGGCUAAUCACAUUAUCAUUUGCAUUGUGAUUUUAAAAUUUCUCUGUCUUAAAAAUCACACUGAGAGUUCUGAAUGAACCAAUGGAACAUGAAAAUGGGAAGGGAGCUCAAUCCUAGGAGUCACUUCCCAAAUUCUUAGUAAGACCUAACUCCUGAGCUUUAAAUAUUUCUCCCCUCAAUUAGCAUGACUCUGUAAGACAAAAAACCCUGCCCCCUAAUAGGCCCUAAGUGCUAUUCCCUUGGGCCCGCCACUUCGCUCUCUAAAGAGAGCAGUACUUUCACUUUCAUCUUUUCAAGGUGUGUCCUGAAAUUCUUUUCUUCUGAUGAUCACCAAGAACCUGAAAGAACCUCUGCUCAGAGGAUGCUAGUACUUGGCCCCCAGCAGGUGUGCUAGAAACACACACAUAUAUAUAAAGGUGGCGCCUCAAACGAGUUGGGAAAAUUUAUUUGAAAAACAGUUUACAUCUCUAGAUUCUAUUUGGAGGAAUGAGAUAUCUAGAUAUAAUGACAAGAAAAUACAGAAUUUCUUUUUUUUUUUUUUGCAGUUUUUUUUGGCCGGGGCUGGGUUUGAACCCGCCACCUCCGGCAUAUGGGGCCGGCACCCUACUCCUUGAGCCACAGGUGCCGCUGAAAAUACAGAAUUUCAAAAAUCAUCUUGAAUUUUACAGAGAAUAGAAUGUGAUUGGAUAACAAGAUCACAGACUGAGACCUGGGAAAGGGACACAGCAGCUUUUGGCAAAGAUGUGAAGGUUCAUAAAUGCAUUCAUUUGUUCACUCAGCAGAUCUUUAAUUAAAUGGGGCCUGUGGCAGGGACUGAGGAUUUAGGAAGCUGCCCCAAACUUGCAUGUUGGAAUUACCUGGAAGCUUCAAAAAGUACUGAUGAGUGGCCGGAUCCCACUCCAGGGAUUGGGUUUUACUUGGUCUGGGGUAGGAGCUGGACUUUGGAAUUUUACCUGGAUCUCCAGAUAAUUCUGUCUGUGCAGCCAAGCUGGGAACCACUGCUUUGCCAUGGUGGGAGGGGUGUUCUUGCUUUGUCUGCAGUGUCAACACAUUUUUACCCAGUGGACACACAUUCUGGCUUCUCCUUUGUAAGCUGCUAGACACUGGGACCCAUAUUCCACAAUGCCUCCUCCUCCUCCCUUGCUUGUCAUGAUCAAUAGCUUAGGCCUGGCUCUGGCAGGGCACCGAGGACACUAUGGGAAAGAGAAUAGCACUUAGGACCUACAGGGGAGACAGGCCCCGGGGAAGCCAGGGCAUGAGGCCGCUUAGUGCUGUGGGUACCCCUUCUCAGGUGGGCAGGCCUCAGGGGGAGGGGAGGGAGCACUUGGUGUCAAGAUGCUGGCACCUUUUGGUUCUGCCACCAGCCACGUGUGCUCCUGGGCUUCUCCCUUUCGCCAUUUAUCUCAGAUGGGCCACUCAUUCAUUUGAUUAUCCAUGCACAAAUGUUGAUCGGGCACAUCUCUGUGCCAGGCAUCAUGUUAGGCCCAGCAGUGGCCCUCACCCAGCCCUGUAAUAUGUGGGGGCUCGAGCAAACCUACUGUGGGACCCCUAUCAUGCUACAGAAGUGAAUAAACUAUUUCCUUUUCCUUUUUG